AUGGGUUUGGCCGCUGAUCUCGCAAACCCCCCCUCGUCCGAUGAGCAACUCAAGGAUACACCAGUUCGUGCAUUGCCUGCAUCAUGGUAUACAUCUCCAGAGAUGUAUGAACUCGAGCGCCGCGCCAUCUUUUCACGCAGGUGGCUUCUUAUGACGCAUAGCUCUCGAGUGAAGGAAACCGGGGACUGGCUACGCUAUGACAUCGCAGGAUUCAACUUCAUCAUCACUCGCGACCGACAGGGAGAGAUCAACGCAUUCCAUAAUGUAUGCAGACAUCGUGCAUACCCAGUAGUUGAGAAGGAGGAAUGCUCUGGAAAUGCAAAGAUCCUUUCUUGUCGGUACCAUGGCUGGUCGUAUGGACUGAAUGGCAAGCUUGCAAAGGCCCCCGGCUACAAGGACUUGAACCAAUUCGACAAAGAUCAGAAUGGGCUGUUCAAGAUCCAUGUGAAGGUCGAUGUCAACGGGUUUAUCUGGGUAAAUCUGGAUGCCAAUGAGGUACCAGAAGUUCCAUGGGAAGAGCACUUCCGAGACGUUGAUAAGCAAGAGCGAUACAAGGCCUAUAAUUUCGAUGAUUAUGAUCUUGACCAUACCUACGAACUUGAUGGUCAUUACAACUGGAAAAUCCUCGCCGAUAACUUCAACGAAUGCUAUCAUUGCCCGACAACACACCCUGAUAUUCCUGAGUUUCUGAACCUCGACUCUUUCGACAGUGACCUCAAGGAUGGACACAUCCAGCAUCAUUGUGUCUCUACGCCAGAACAAAUCGCAAAGGGUCUUUACACAGCCAGUACCUACUACUUUCCAAUGACUGCUAUGGUUGUCUCACCCCAUUUCAUCAUGAUCCAAAAGUUCCUCCCCAACAGCGCGAGAAGCUCCAAGAUGGCCUACGAGAUAUAUAAGAACAAGAACUCCUCUGAUGAAGAAUUCCAUCUGAUCAGCGAUAUGUAUGAGCGGGUCAUGAGAGAAGACAAGGUUCUUUGCGACAAAGCACAGAGAAACCUCGACCGUAACGUUUUCAUCAGUGGGCAACUGCAUCCUAAAUUCGAGAAGGCCCCCCCUCUUCUUCCAGACUACCGCCCGAGAAGUCGUAGUCGAACAUUUCGAACGAGAGAAAUGCGAGGGACAUGA